AUGGCCCCCAGCAGCGAAUCUGAAUCGAACCAUACCUUGGAUCUCUUUUUCACCAGCUUAAGCACACUCAAGGAGGUCACGGAUUUUCUUGGCACGAACGAAAUAGAGGCCGGCUCUAGGAUCUUUCUUUUAACACUCAAUGCUCGCUGUACCAUAAUAUGCUCCCAGGCGGAUCCCAUGACAAUUGUUCUCAAUGUUGAAAGAGUCAAUAUUGCUCAAAAAAUUCUUUGUCGCUUAGAUUCUGUAUUUGACUUGCGUCUAUUUCCAGCUAUAGAACUUGCGAGAUUUUCUUCUUUCCGGAGUCUGCGCGCCUUCAACGAACUUUGGGCAUCGUAUGGGCAAGACGAAAGAUCAUGUGAACUCCAACGUAUCCAAAAUUAUCUUCAUUUCGGAUCUCCAAAAGAGCAGCUCGAAUUACUCGCAGAUCUGAGAAGGUGUGAGGAUAUCUUCAUGUCGGAAUCCAGCGAAUACCACAUGUCUUCUCUUGACAUACCUGUACGGAAGCGGAGAAGCGAGCCAUCGGGCGCAUCACUAUUUGCUGCGCGAUCUCUUUUUAACGUACUUGAGGCAUCCGGAAGAUGUUCGUGCCAUACAUAUGGAGCCAGGCUUUGCAUUGAGACGCAUCGGGAUAGUGACCUGAACGAAGAAUACGAUUUCAAUUUAUUUCUUGAGAUUGAUGAACGCUGGCAAGAGGCUCAUUUCCUCGCGGUCGGGAAAUCCCAAUCAAGUACCGAAUUUGUAGCUGAAGAUGGCUUAACAUCUGACAAGAAAGAAAUACUUGCAAUGGGACGAAAAAAGGUCGAAUUUCUAUGCGAGCCCAUAAAAAAGAUAUGGAAAAAUUUUCCGACUUACCGGCUCAAGUUCUUGGUUGAAAAUGACAUGCUAUGGAAAUUGCAGUCGGAACCAAGUAAUGUUGCGGCUCAUACGGCAACGCAAGCAAUCACUUUUCAACGGUUUAUGGCAGAAGAGUCUUUCAAUUUGACAGAUAAAUCAAAGCGUAUUCUAGCGGUCUUCUUGGGCUACGCUGUUCUUCAUCUACUUGAGACCCCUUGGUUGCAUAGCUCAUGGGGUCCAGCCAGUAUUCUGUUCCUCAGAACGCCAUCUGGCACACCCUUGAAACCCUAUAUCGAGCUGCAUUUUGGCAAAGAUAUCGAAUUCAGCGCUGCAAACACGACUUCUUGCAACGAUGAUGAUGACGAAGAUUUCGAUCCAGACGACUUAAUCUCUCACCCUUACCCAUCGCUGGUAUCAUUGGCGGCUAUGCUUAUUGAGCUUCAUUUGGCCCGAAGGCUACAAGCAAUAGCACAAGUUUACGAUCUGAAGUUUGACGACGAUAUGAACGAAUGCGCCAAGUAUACAGCCACUACUCAAAUAUUUAAGCGAUGUAAGAAUGAUAUAUCAGAAGCAACACGUGAGGCGAUUGAGCAAUGUCUGGACCGAACUAUCGUUGUAGACGAGGCCAGGAAAAGUCUUGACGCCCAUACGGUGAGAAGCAUAUUUUAUACAAAAGUGGUAAGCAGGCUCGAAUAUGAUCUUGAGCAAACAUUCAAGCAUAUCUCGAUUGAGACGCUUGACGCGGAGGCCCAAAAACUAGAUCUCACCGGAUGGAGCCAGCCAACUGUGCUCAACAAGGUCAUACCCGAUCCUCGAAAAGAUGACAGACUACUCGGAUCACGCGUUCAAAGGCCAUUGCGUGGCCAAAAAAGGGGACGCCAAGACUCAGAAAUUUCUGCUUGGAUGACACUGGAUUGGGUAGGCGACGCACAAUUCUUCGACGACGAAACCGCUCCCUCCGACAUUUCAUUUGUCGCGCGCGAUGCCUAUAUAUCUUGGAAGGCUAAGUAUUGUUCUGUAUACAAACAAAUGAUUGGAAACAAUCUUAGCACAACCCCCGUCAAGAUCGCGGUUCUUGAUACUGGAUUAGACAGAAGCCACCCUGAUUUCGAAGCUCGAGAAGGAAAUGUCCAGGGAAUAAAAUCGUUUACCUAUGAUUGCCGGCAGAAAGAUGACGUUUUCGAUUGUUCUGGACAUGGCACGCAUGUCGCAGGAUUGUUGCUGGAUUUUGCGCCUGAUGCAGAAAUCUACAUAGCAAAGAUAUCUGAUCUCGAACCGGCCAAGCCUGCUAUAAUUGCUGAAGCCAUUGAUCAUGCAGUUCACGUAUGGAACGUUGACGUGAUAUCCAUGUCGUUUGGGUUCCCGUCACGCGAAGUCGAUGGAUACGAACUCCUUGAACGAUCAAUAAGGCGUGCUGUCAACGAAGACGUUUUAUUAUUCGCAGCCGCGUCAAACAAUGGUGCUAAUACCAAGAGAGCAUAUCCCGCCAGAUAUCCAGAUGUCAUUUGCAUACAUUCGACCAACGACAAGGGGGCUCCCUCCGACUUUAAUCCAGGGCCUGUUCCAGGUGAUAAUUUGGCCACGAUAGGAGAAGCAAUCGAAUCGGCCUGGCCUGUCCACCUCUGUGACCAAAAAGUGAAUGAGCUUUGUGUUGCGCGCAAAUCAGGUACUUCAUUUGCAACGCCCAUUGCAAGUGGAAUUGCUGCGUUUCUAUUACAGUAUGCGAGAUUAAACCUACUUCCAAGAGAAGCCGAGCAGCUAAAGCGGUGUCACUAUAUGAAGGCUGUGUUGAAAGCAGUCUCUGUCAAAAGCCAGGGAUACGAUUAUAUCGCGCCCAGCCUGCAUCCCGACAAUGUUUUUUAUGACGCUGAAGCUUUGAAUGCUCGGAUCCGAGACGCGAUGAAAGAAGUUUAG